GGGGCCGGGCUGAAGAUGGGGGAGGCCCAGGCGGCCCCGGCCUGGGAGUGGGGCCGGCGGCCGCCAGGGCGAAGGGGACGCCCCGGCAGCUGCAGGCCCCGGCAGCCUCCCGGGCGCCCCCGAGAGCCGGCCCGCCCUCCCUCCGUGACAGUAGAAAUGAUGGAAGAAUUGCAUAGCCUGGACCCUCGAAGGCAGGAAUUAUUAGAGGCCAGGUUUACAGGAGUUGGUGUUAGUAAGGGGCCACUCAAUAGUGAGUCUUCCAACCAGAGCUUGUGCAGCGUGGGGUCCUUGAGUGAUAAAGAAGUAGAGACUCCUGAGAAAAAACAGAAUGACCAGCGAAACCGGAAAAGAAAAGCUGAACCAUAUGAAACUAGCCAAGGGAAAGGCACUCCUAGGGGACAUAAAAUUAGUGAUUACUUUGAGUUUGCUGGGGGAAGCGGGCCAGGAACCAGCCCUGGCAGAAGUGUUCCACCAGUUGCACGAUCCUCACCGCAACAUUCCUUAUCCAAUCCCUUACCGCGGCGAGUAGAGCAGCCUCUCUACGGCUUAGAUGGCAGUGCUGCAAAGGAGGUGUCAGAAGAGCAGUCCGCUCUGCCCACCCUGAUGUCAGUGAUGCUGGCAAAGCCUCGGCUUGACACGGAGCAGCUGGCACAGAGGGGAGCUGGCCUCUGCUUCACUUUCGUUUCAGCUCAGCAAAAUAGUCCCUCCUCUACGGGAUCUGGCAACACAGAGCAUUCCGGCAGCUCCCAAAAACAGAUCUCCAUCCAGCACAGACAGACCCAGUCUGACCUCACAAUAGAAAAAAUAUCUGCACUAGAAAACAGUAAGAAUUCUGACUUAGAAAAGAAGGAGGGAAGAAUAGAUGAUUUGUUAAGAGCCAACUGUGAUUUGAGGCGACAAAUUGACGAACAGCAAAAGAUGCUAGAGAAGUACAAAGAACGAUUAAAUCGAUGUGUGACGAUGAGCAAGAAACUCCUUAUAGAAAAGUCAAAACAAGAGAAGAUGGCAUGUAGAGAUAAGAGCAUGCAAGACCGCUUGAGAUUAGGACACUUUACCACCGUUCGACAUGGGGCCUCUUUUACUGAACAAUGGACAGAUGGUUACGCUUUCCAGAACCUUAUCAAGCAGCAGGAAAGGAUAAACUCACAAAGGGAAGAGAUAGAAAGACAACGGAAAAUGUUAGCAAAGCGGAAACCUCCUGCCAUGGGACAGGCCCCUCCAGCAACCAACGAGCAGAAACAGAGGAAAAGCAAGACCAACGGAGCUGAAAAUGAAACGUUAACAUUAGCAGAAUACCAUGAACAAGAAGAAAUCUUCAAACUCAGAUUAGGUCAUCUUAAGAAGGAAGAAGCAGAGAUCCAGGCAGAGCUGGAAAGGCUAGAAAGGGUUAGAAAUCUACAUAUCAGGGAACUAAAAAGGAUACAUAAUGAAGAUAAUUCACAAUUUAAAGAUCAUCCAACGCUAAAUGACAGAUACUUGUUGUUACAUCUUUUGGGUAGAGGGGGUUUCAGUGAAGUUUACAAGGCAUUUGAUCUAACAGAACAAAGAUAUGUAGCUGUGAAAAUUCACCAGUUAAAUAAAAACUGGAGAGAUGAGAAAAAGGAGAAUUACCACAAGCAUGCAUGUAGGGAAUACCGGAUUCACAAAGAACUGGAUCAUCCCAGGAUAGUUAAGCUGUAUGAUUACUUUUCACUGGACACUGACUCGUUUUGUACAGUAUUAGAGUACUGUGAGGGCAAUGACCUGGACUUCUACCUGAAACAGCACAAAUUAAUGUCGGAGAAAGAGGCGCGAUCCAUUAUUAUGCAGAUUGUGAAUGCUUUAAAGUACUUAAACGAAAUAAAACCUCCCAUCAUACACUAUGACCUCAAACCAGGUAAUAUUCUUUUAGUAAAUGGUACAGCAUGUGGAGAGAUAAAAAUCACAGAUUUUGGUCUUUCCAAGAUCAUGGAUGAUGAUAGCUACAAUUCCGUGGACGGCAUGGAGCUAACGUCACAGGGUGCUGGUACUUACUGGUAUUUACCACCAGAGUGUUUUGUGGUUGGGAAAGAGCCACCAAAGAUCUCAAAUAAAGUUGACGUCUGGUCAGUGGGUGUGAUCUUCUACCAGUGUCUUUAUGGAAGGAAGCCUUUUGGCCACAACCAGUCCCAGCAAGACAUUCUACAAGAAAAUACUAUUCUUAAAGCUACUGAAGUGCAGUUCCCGCCAAAGCCAGUAGUAACACCAGAAGCAAAGGCGUUUAUUCGACGAUGCUUAGCCUAUCGAAAGGAGGACCGCAUCGAUGUCCAGCAGCUGGCCUGUGACCCCUACUUGCUGCCUCACAUCCGAAAGUCGGUCUCCACGAGUAGCCCCGCUGGAGCUGCUAUCGCAUCGACCUCGGGGGCGUCCAAUAACAGUUCUUCGAAUUGAGACCCACUCCUAGGCCGCGAACUGUUCAGCACACACCAAGUGGACAAGUGGCAUUCAGCAGCGGGUUUGGGACAUAGCGAAUCCGAAUGGAUCUCAUGAAACCUGUACCAGGUGCUUUUAUUUUCUUGCUUUUUUUCCCAUCCGUAGAGCAUGACAGCAUCGAUUCUCAUUGAGGAGAAACCUUGGGCAGCUCUGGCCAGGCCUUGUAGGAAAAGGCCCCGCCCGAGGUUCCGGCGUCAACGGCCACUGCGUGUGGCUGCUCUGAGUGAGGAAAAAAUUAAAAAGAAAAACUGGUUCCAUGUACUGUGAACUUGAAAACAUGCAGACUCAGGGGGGGUCCCUGAUGCAGUGCUUCAGAUGAAGAAUGUGGACUUGAAAAUACAGACUGGGCUAGUCCAGUGUCUAUAUUUAAACUUGUUCUUUUCUUUUAAUAAAGUUUAGGUAACAUCUCCUGAAAAGCUUGUAGCACAAAGGCUCAGCUGGGGAUGGUGUUUGACUUCGGAGGAAAAAAGUUGCUAUUGCCCGUUAAAGGCACUAGAGUUAGUGUUUUAUCCCUAAAUAAUUUCAAUUUUUAAAAACAUGCAGCUUCCCUCCCCCCUUUUUUAUUUUUGAAAGAAUACAUUUGGUCAUAAAGUGAAACCCGUAUUAGCAAGUACGUGGCAACGUUCAUUCCAGUCAGAUGCAGCUUUCUCCUCCGUCUGGUCUCCCGUUUGCAGUCGCUUCCCUCGUCUCAGGAGGGAAAGCGUCGAGUGGGAGGACUGAGGUGUGUGGGGCUUUGCCGUCGGACAAAGAACGAGGUUAGAAGCCCGCAGCUUGGAGUCUCUAGGUUUUCAACUCUUUCUUCACAAUUUGAACACUUGACGGUUGUCCCUUUUAAUUUAUUUGAAGUGCUAUUUUUUUAAAUAAAGGUUCAUCUGUCCAUGCAGUCCUCUUGGAUUCUCUGAAUGUAGUAACUAUCAAAAACUGUUCCAGAGGUAGCCAGAAGAUGGGCCGGGGAGCCAGAUGCUCCAGGGAUCAGGAGGUCCUCCCCACGGUCUCUGAAUGUGCUUGCUAAAUGGUGUACCUUUCUUGUUAACCACGAUAUUAAAACUUGAUCAGCUCAUAAGCUUUCCUCUGUUAGAUCUUUUGGCAGGAAACAGCCUCCAGCCCUCUGAAUUUUGUGGGUGUGUGCUGGUGUGUGCGUCUGUGUGUGCAUGUGCGCACACGCUUUGUCUAACUCACUUUAAUAGAUUGAGCGAGUGGAGUUAAAAAAGAAUCGCAGGGAGAUAGGUAUUUUGAAGAUGAACAUUCUUUUGGAACUUUUUUUUGCCCCCCCACAACAUUUGGUUGUUUCUGAGAUGUGUGAUGAUCUGAAGACGGAGCUGAAAUGGGAGAUGCAUGGCCCCACCGUGCCCUUGAAACAGCAGAGCGCUCGACAGCAGAGAGGGGAGGAGGCCAGAGCCGGAGCAUGUGGUAGCCAGCUUGGAAUGUUACUGACAUAUGUGGCAAGAGGGCUCAGCCAGAAAUAUUUAAAGAUGCAGCAUUCAGGCAUGCGAGUUCCCUGGGCAGGGGGAGGGAAGUGGGAAAGGGUAGAGAGCUCUCGCUGACUCGAGUCUUUCUUCCGUGCAUGAAAAAUGUCACUGGUGACACUUUUGCUGGCACCUGUGUUGGUUCUGUGGCCCUGCCCUGCCCCACGCCCCUCGGUAACCAGGUGCUCUUAGGGGAAGAUGGAGUGAUCCCAGUCGGAGAGACGAUGGCGGGUAGGUACCACAUUGUGGAACUCUGAGUGGAAGGAAGGCAGCCCUGGAGCUCUUGGCGCCCCCAGCUUUCCAAGUUACCACAGAUAACAAUGUUUUUCCAGAUUUCCAUUUUAUCACAAGUGCUUAUACAAGCAUUACACAUGUGAUGUACAUGUCUGUGUAUAUGUGUGGUACCUCUUUAACCAUGACUUUCAGGCUGUUAAGCAGAGAGUCCCUGUGAGUCUCAAAGGUUGAGCGCCCGGGAAGGAUGGUACGUGCAGGUGUGAAAGAUGAUGAGUCGAGACGGACCCAGAGUAGUAGGUUGUAUUCCUUGUUUUCUCUUCUCAUUCAGAGAUCUUGCGAGGCCUUUUUUUUUUUUUUUUUUUUUUUUUGUUAAACUUUUUUCAAGGUUGAAAGAAUGCUGCAUCUUUAAACCUUCCGUCUGACUUCCUGCCUCCUCCUCCUCCCCAUGGGCUUGUGAGUGGAGCUGCGGGACUUUAUUUGUUCAUCUCCCUUCUCUGCCCUUGUCCUGAAGAAGGUAUGCCCUCUCUCCUGGCUCCCCUUGGGUCUAGGCCCUGGUUGGAGCUGACUGGGCUUGCUUGAGUCUGGGCAAGACCUUUCCACUACAUGGACUGGCCCCAGAGAACAUGCAGAAUGCUGACUUUUUCUAGAUUUUUAAGUAGCCAAUGAAAUCACUAAGUGGGGUUCUUCCAUGACAUAUUUUGUUAAUAUGGGUUUCACUUUUUCCAAGGAUAAUCCCUUAUUGCCACAAUUGAUUUACUUUAAACAAUGACAAAAAAUGUGUAUUAAUUUGUAAUUAAACCCAGCCAGACUGUUUUCGACUUUCCCAACUUGGGGGGAGCGGGGGAGGGUGGGGAGGAUAUUAAAAUAAGUUUUGAGAAGUGAAUCUCCCAGCCUCUUGAUUUUACUAGUUCUUUACUAGUUCUAGUUCUUCAGGCAGGGCUCUGAGCAUCUAGGGGGCGGGGAGGUAGGGAAAUCCUGCAGCUGACUGCGUCCCCGAGGACACUGCGGGCAUGUCAGCAACGUGUUGAUUCAUACACCUUCUGUACCUCCGAUGUGCUGAUCACUAAUGCUUGUUGGUGGGAAGACAGCAGUGAGCGGGAUAGGGAAGGCUCAGCCGUCGGCUUACAAUCCAGGGGUGACGGCUCUGGGCCCCCGGAAGGGAAGGAGUACAGGUCUUCGAUGGGAAGGAGUUGGGCUCUGACUCCUCCCUCCGAAGAUGGGCAGCUUUACAGGGAGACUUGCUCUUGGGAGCCACGUGCACCCCACUUCUCUGGCUGACCCGGGCACACCUGCUCACUGCCUUAGAGGAUUUGCCACCCUCCUUCCUCUAGUGCUAUGAGGACAGGUUUUCCUUGGCUGAGAAAUUGAGCAAGCAAAUAGCUUCUGUGUUUCUUAAUUUAGAAAAUAAUUCUCUUUAAACAUAGUCAUCUCCUAGAAUCCUAGAACUAGAAGUAAGCCUCGGGUCCAGCUCCUCACUUCUGAGAAGGCGAAGUUUACAACUAGCUCCACCCACCUUGGUGAGUUUUGCUUUCUGAGAAUCUCUGCCCCUCCGCCCUCCCACUUACUCAUCAUUCUACUUGCCCAGGCUCGCUCUGUCUGUAAUUAAAAUCAGCCCCGGGGUAAGUGGGGGAGAGACCUGGCACACACGCUAGUUGAGGUAUGGGGAGUCUCUGCUUCCUAAAAUUAGCUGUUCUGUUGUCAUUUUUUAAGGCAGAAUCACCUGGAGGUUAAGAGCCUGGGCUUCAGGAGUAGGUCUGGUUCAGAUCCUACCUCUGCAGGCUUCAGGGAUAGUUCCAUGCAUGGUUGUAAGGAGUGGAAAUAAUAGGUAUAAUAAAGUGCCUGGCACAUGAGAAGGGAGUCCAAAAGUGUGCUUUACAGAAAGAUCGCAAGAUCCAGUAAGAAGGAUUGCUGGGCCUGAGCCCCCGCCCCCACGGUUGCUGGUGGCGAUUCAGAGCCCUUCUACUGGCCAGAUGGUCAGAUCCUUUGGCCUGGGGGAGGUGAUGCGGGAGCUUUGCCCUUUGGCUUGAGAUUCCCUAUCAGCCUUUGUCCUAUGAGGUCAGCAGUCUUCUCUUACCGGAUCCACGACUGCCUCUGGCCGAAUCAGGGAGGAGCAUCUUACAGGCCAGCUUGGCUUCCAGGCCAGGGGCAUCAGCAGCACCUGGAGCCUGUUGGAAAGUCACGUUCUCAGCAACCCCUCCCCAAGUCCGCCUCCCCGGUGGCUUGAACACCGAGGGGCACAAGUUCCUAUCAGCCGCAGCAACAAGGGUGGGACACUUGGAGAGGGUGGUCUUCGGGCCUUGUCUAAAACUCACCCAGCUGGAAACAGAGAUGAGUCCGUUUUAUUUUCUGUGUUAGGGAUGAAAGUCUGUAUUAAGCUCUGGGCUGUGCUAGGCCCAGUGUCAUGCGUGUGCUCCUAUAAUUACGGGGAGCCUCAGGAGUGCACGUACGACACAUCCCUUACACCGGUGCCCUGGGACCUGACAAUGCAUUAAGGAUCAUUCACUCCUUUGGGCAGAGCUUCUUAUCCUUGCCUUUAAAAUACUCACCGGUACCUUAUUGUGAAUUAACUUAGCACGUUUUUCUUUUACCUGAAGGGUCCGGGGCUGCGGGAGUGAGCUCGGACCUGGGUCGGACCUGGGUGGGCGUGUGAACACAGCCUGGCACUCCGAAUCAGGGGUGAGGAGAGCCUGGGACUGCAGAUCUUUGGAAGGGGUGAGGAUGGAGAGAGCAGAGAGGUUGCAGGGAAAAGAGGGUUAAGGAGGAAGUGGUGAGGGACUCUGGCUGCUGUGGAGCUCUGCGGGUGGGUUGGGGGAACCUGCCAGAAGCUGGGACCUGGUGGGGGUAGGGAACACAAGAGCCCUAUUGUGCUGGGGUUGCUCCGCAGGGGCCCGAGACAGGCUGGAGUCAGCCAAAGGGUGUGUGUGUGUGUGUGGCACUGGGCAGGAGACCCCCAUGGUGUGAAGGGGUCAGAGCGCGGCCGGCUGGCUGGCUGUUCUAGAAGGAAGGGCGUGGCCGAAGAACUGGGGUAACCUCAGGCCUCGGUAGCUUCCAGGCACCUGCAGUCAUGGGGGCACAGGAUGCAGUGUCAGCAAAGAGAAGGGGCUCCUCAGCGCCUGUCCUUUGUCGGGAAGUUCAGCUGUGUUGCCUCACAGCCUUGGUGUAGACAAGGUAGGAGUAUCCCACUGAUUUUAUAGAUGAGGACACUGAGACCCAGAGAGAUUUGGUAGCUGGUAGUAGGCGGAGCAGGAUUGAAUGGGAAGGGACUACAAGCUUGAAAAUGUGAGAUGAGUCUCUGAGUGCCAGCCUUGGGCACCCUGCUGUGGGCGAGGACACGCCUUGGUUCCCUGUUGACAGCGGUGUGGCCGUAUUCUCGGGCUUUGCUCUCCCGGGCUCCCUCAUGGCUCGCCUUAGAAGUCUAGAGACCCAGCUGACGACCCAGCUGGCCUGGGCAGCGGCCUUGCCUCUGCAGUCCUGGGCCGGGACUGAACUUAGGGAGGGAAGUGGGGGGCCUGGCUUCACAGAACAUUCAUUCUUCAACUCCCCUACAAAAUCUGAUCAUGCCAUCUUCUCUAUAAACAAGGAAAUGGAAAUCCCGCCCUAUCCCAGCCCAGGCCAGCUCUGUCUUCCUGUCCCUCAGGGCCCUAAUGGACCAGGCAAGAAUGGCCGCCUCUACCUUGAGCGCCUCCAGGGCCAGAAGGGGUGGGAGAUACGGAAUUGCUUCUGGCAACUGAAAAAAGUAAAAAGGCAAGAGAGUGUUGCUAGAUGCUGUCUCCAUGUCACAGGGUUCCCUGGAGAGAGGUUUGUAGGGUAUAGAAGGUCCCCCAGCGAGGGCCUUGGCCUGUUCUAGAAGGAACCUGUUCUAGGCCAGACCGGAGCCCUUCAGCCUGGCUCUGUGCUCUGAGAGAAGGGCAAGCCACUGGGAAACAUGAAGAGGAAGGUCUUUCCCUACAAAUUAAUUCGUUACAUCUCCAGACUCUUUUCAGAGCCCCGUGCACAACGUUAACGCUAACCCUGUUCCUCAUCCCACAUUAAGUGGACGAAAGCGUAUCCAGAACAAGGUGACAGGAGAGCCCCGGGUGCGGACCGUGUUGAGGUCCUAACUGAAAACGCUGCGUGGUCAGGCCGGCCGCUCCCACCUGGAGCUGCAUUCGCCGGUUCUGUAAGCGUCACGCAGCUGAGAGCCUUCUGUUUUGAAUUUGCGGGGCUGGGUGCUGUGGGAGCUAAAAAGGUUCAUCAGACCCGGCUCCUGCUUUAAGGAAGGUUAUAAUUGAGAAGCUAAAUGUAAUAAAGCUGGGAGCUGGUAAAUUCUGUGAGAGCAGGAUGGGGUCCCUGAGGAGUUGGGAAAUGAAGCCAAGAAGGGCUUUGGAAGCUGCAGAAUUAACGAGAAUGAGAAGGGGUGGGGGUUUGCUGCACAGGGUCUUUCACACUUUCUGGGCUCUUCCUAUAGAGCAUGUCUGCCCCUCCAGCACCUCUCUCCCUACCCCCAUACUCUUCCACACCUCCAGGCUUUUGCAAAUGCUGUUCACUUGCCUUGGCCGUCUGACCAUCUUUGAAAACUCAGCUCAGGUGUCCCCUACAGCCUGCCUGUCUCUGGACUGUCACCUCUUUGUACACGUCUCCCUUAUCUCCUGCCUCGUCACAUGGGUGUGCUCACUUGGCACAAUGAGAACCAGCCCCUUGGUAAGCCUAGGGCCUGUUGAAAGAACAAGCUGUGUGGUCUGUUGAACCAUGGGGCGCAGGAGAGGAAGGGGUAAGGCUGCAGGUUAUACUCUGAUAUUUUCUGUUUAACUUCAUUUUUUAAAAUGCUGGUCACCACCCAUUAGAGCCCGAUUCCCCUUAUUGCUGUGUCACUUGAGCUCUGGAAGUUCGAGCUGUCCUCUUGCAGCUGGGGUGGAUGGUGGGCAAGCUGGAUGCAGCCACUUGGCUUCUCUUCUGGUCAGGGGCUCUAUUCCACCAGGGCCUCGGGUAGAAGGGUAGAAGGAAUGGAUCGGGGAGGUCCUUUGUCUGCAAAGCUACCUCCCACCUGUUUUGCCUCCAGGCCAGAAUCAGUGAGAGCCACAGAAGACUGUAGGCCCGUCUUGUUUUGGAGGGUCACGUACUGAGACUAGA